AUGGACCUGCGGCGUGUUCCCGCCAGCCGAGAGACAGGAUGGUACUUAGCGCUCAUGGCUCCGAAUGUCAGGGGCCCCAGUUACCCUUGGCUUGACCCCUCCAGGCUGUACUGUCACCAGCAGGGCCUGCAGGACUGCAUUGCGGACCUGCUCCAGCCCUUCUGCGAAGACCCCAUCGACCUGGUCGCUGGAAUCGACGCCAUGGGCUUCAUCCUAGGCGCUGCCGUAGCCAGCACCCUGCAGAAAGGCUUCCUGGCCAUCCGCAAAGCCGGGCACCUCUGUGUGGAGACCUGCACGCAGCCCUACACCGACUACACGGCCCGCCAGAAGCUGCUGGAGAUGAGGACGGACGCCAUCCAGCCAGGUCUGCGUGUCUUACUGGUGGAUCAGUGGAUUGAAACGGGGGGAACCAUGCGCGCUGCCAUCCAGCUGGUGGAGCAGCAAGGGGGAGUGAUCGCAGGCAUCGCUGCCAUCUGCAUCGAGGACAGUGAGGGUGGCAAGUGGAUCCAGGAGCAUUACAAGUGUUCGCAGUGUGUCCCCCAGCACCUGAUGCCCCAAUUCAACAGGCACCAGCUGGAGUCCUUCCAGGCCUUUGGGGCCACGCCUGGCCAGGCAUAA